AUGGGUCAUCGUCGCUUUCUGAAUCAUGACCACAAAUACAGAAAAGACCGGUACUCCUUCAAUGGAAAGAUAGAGGAUAGAGGUCUACCUAUCAAAGUCUCUGGUGGAGACAUUGUCCAGCAGUUAGAGGGUGUGCAUGUCCAACUUAGCAAGGAGAACAAUGGAUUGCAUCACAAUCUUGAUGUGAUGCACAUAGAGAAGAAUGUGUGCAACAACAUAGUUUUCACCAUACUGAACGAGAAAGGUAAGUCUAAAGAUCACAUUAAAGCUCGAAGAGACCUCCAGUCGAUGGGAAUCAAGCAUGAUUUGUGGCCACGGGAAGAUGGAAAGUACCCAUCCGCCAUCUUUACUAUGAUGAAUCCACAAAAAGAACUCUUUCUAAGGAUUAUCAAGAACGUGGUCUUUCCAGAUGGAUACUCUAGCAACAUUUCCCGCUGUGUUAACUUACGACAGCGCAAGUUGUCGGGCCUGAAAAGCCACGACUAUCACAUUCUAAUGGAACAUCUACUUCCAAUCGCGUUAAGGAAUGCAUUGCCUGCCAUCGUGUCUUCUGUCCUGGCAAAUUUGUCAGCCUUCUUUCAUCGAUUAUGCAGCAAAUCCAUAGAUCCUCAACAACUUCCUCUCCCUCAGGAUCACGUGGUUUAUAAUCUGUGUCGUAUGGAGAUGAUUUUCCGUCCUUGUUUCUUCACAGUCAUGGUUCAUUUGAUAGUGCAUCUGGUCGAGGAGGUGCGUCUAGGUGGCCCAGUGCAUUAUCGGUGGAUGUACCCAAUUGAAACGGUACCUAUGUCGUCUCAAGCAGUAUGUGCGUACCUAGAUAAUGUCGAGAGUAGGAUUAAUCGAUCAAUGCGUGUUGACGAUCGACCGCGUGAACUUAUGCUUGAUGAAAGAACAACCAUGUUCCCCGAGGUUGAGAAAGAUGUCAGGGCUGCUUCUUUUUACACCCUCACACCAACUGAAAAAUUCCAAGCUCACUGUCACGUAUUGGUCAAUUGCCUGGCCGUGGAAAAAUUUAUAGAGGUGAUCACAAAGAGAAAGUUACAAAGUAGGACAAGGUCCCAGUCUUACAUAGACAGUGUUGUGCACAGAGAAUUUUCCGAUUGGUUCAAGCGUCAGGUGAAUCUUGGUAUCAUUAAUCCAUUUACAUAUUCAAAUGGUGUCAUGUUGUUCGUAUCCCAAGCUGAUAAAACAUUUUACAACCCUCUCGAGAGAGAGGAAGGGUUGAAAACCCAAAAUGGUGGGGUGUAUGUCACUUCUGACACUAGGAGUUAUGCAAGCAAGCGCGACAAUAAUGUUGCUGUUGGUAGCGUCUCGUAUUACGAAAAACUAGUGGACAUCAUUGAGUUAAAUUACAGCGGUCAAUUCACAGUCGUCUUGUUUAGAUGUAUCUGGGCAAGCACCACCUCUGGCAGAGGCAUAAAACAAGACUCUUUGGGGGCACACAGUGGUUAA